GGAUGACUGUAGGCCAGGAGCCAGGGGUGCUGACCUCCCAGUACUUCAUCCAGCUGAACCUGUAAUGCCCUAGCUGAGGAGUCUGCCCAGCAGCUUUGCCCCAUUCUGCUUGCCCUGCAUCUUUGCACGGCUGUGCUGUGAAAAUGGGCUUGAAACAGACCCAGGACUCUAUGGACAAAGAGCAGGAACUGUUCCCUCCUGACAAAUUCUGGAAUGGGCAAUUAUUUGGCCCAUGGCAAGUGCUUAUCCCCCUCCCUCCCUGCAGGCAGGGUCUCGGUUGUAUGCAGCAGCUGCCUGCCUAUGGAGAUUUCUCCAGAGCAAAGCCUGGCCCCACUCAGUGACUCUAGUCAGUUGAACCUUAGUCAUCUUUCUGUCCACAUUUUAUUGCUCUUGAAGCAAUAGAGGAAAUUCCCCCACCUAGCAAAAUGCAGGUCCCUGGAGCUACCCUCCUAGCUGUGUGCUCAGCGUGUGGUAUGUGCUGAGCUUUUGUGUCCUUGCUGUCUUCUCCCGCGCACUCUGCUUUCUUACCUUUCCUGUUGGGUUAUGGCCUCUAAUGCUUUCAGAGCUUGGAGCUCCAUCUCAGAUUGUCUGAGGCAGCUGAGCCCAUGGAGCACUCAGGGGACAUGUGGAAGGUGAGAUCUGCUGGGUCUCCUUCAGCAGGAUCCUCAAAGCAAGGGAGAAAUGCUUUGUUGUGGGUGAAAAGUCCUGCUGGAGGAGGAGACACCAGAAUAAGGGGCUCUUUUUUCUAACAGUCAAAAGAAUGAAUGAAACUUGGCUAUUAAAUUGGAAGGCCCUAAAGGCAAGCUCAUUCUCAGGGUGGAUGCAGACAGGUGGGAUCUCCUCCCAGGAGAUGGCUUCCCUUAUGCCUGGGAGAAGAUCAAGGGUGGCCCUCCGGUACGAAGAGAACCACGAGUGACAACUGCUCCCCUCCCUGUCCUUGCCCCAGGCCUGGAGCCACAUCUUUCAAAGAGCUCUGGGUCAAUACAGGCUCCUGGCUCUGCGCCACGCACAGGCAAACGCAGGCUGUCACUGCAAUAUGCUGACGGAGGCGGUAGCUUGGAGGGAUCCCACAAUGCCCUUUUUGUGGUGCUGGCUGAGGGCCUCACCUCCCCAGACAAGGCUCUCCCAUUCUGCAGCAGCGGAGCGGAGCUGAGACUAGCCAUGGGAGCCGCAGCCUGGCCCAGGUAGCUGGGAUUCGAGCACCCCGGGUGGGGUGAGACGCAGCUGUUCAGGGGCCAGGGACAAUCCCCUGCAAGGCCUCUUGCCAUGCAGCCUGGCUGUCCCCAGUAUGGGUGGAGCACCCCAUGCAUGAUAGGCUCGGGCUCGCUGGUAGGAAUCCCUCGCUAAGCUGCCCCAGCAGGAAGGAUUCACUAUUGAGCUACAGCCUGAUACGUACACAGGAGCCAUGGCCAAUGCCUCAGGCAGCAGGAUGAGCAGGCAGUCCUCCGUGAUGAAGCGAAAGUCCUUCUGGAGGCUCCGCCAGCAGUGGAAGCUCCUGGGCCUCUUUGAGAUCGACCAGGAGCAUGAGUUUCAUGACCUGACCUGCAUGCUGAAGGCAGGGCUGAAGGCUGCUGUCCAGGAUGCCAUUGACAACCCACCUCUGGAUGUCCUGACUGAAGCAGACUUUACCGCUGUACUGAAGCAGGCCCAUGAGGGCUUUGAGAUGCGGACGUAUGCUGGCCCUGCCUUCGCUUUCUUCAGACGCUCACUGGGCAUGUCGGAGAAGGAAUACCAGCUGUCCCUGUCCUCUGAGAGCGCCUACCUGCAGUUCAUCAGCAACUCCAAGAGCAAGGCAGACUUCUUCCUCACGAACAACAAAGGCUUCUUCCUCAAGACGCAGAGUAAGAGGGAGAUCCGGUUCCUCCUUACCCAUCUGCCCAAGUAUCUCCAACACCUUGAGAGAUACCCUCACUCCCUCCUCGUCAAGUUCCUGGGUGUCCACAGCAUCAUCACAGCCGGGAGGAAGAAGAAAUACUUCAUCAUCAUGCAGAGCGUGUUCUACCCUGACGAGAGGAUCACUGAGCGGUAUGACAUCAAGGGCUGCCAGGUGAGCCGCUGGACGGAGCCAGUCCCAGAGGGCAGACAGGUCAUUGUGGUGCUGAAGGACCUCAACUUUGAAGGGAAGGCCAUCUGCCUGAGUCAUCAGCGCUCCUGGUUCAUCCGCCAGGUGAAGCUGGACACCCAGUUCCUGCAGGGGCUGAACGUGCUGGAUUACAGCCUGUUGGUGGCCUUCCAGCCACUUCAUGCAGAUGAACUGAGCCAUAACUUUGCCAGCAUCAUCACCAGGACUGCAAAGUCUGUCGAUGGAUGGGGCUGCCACCAGAGAGCCAUGGUGCCGGGAGCCAUCAGUGAGGAGUCUGCCAUCCUAGUAUCCGAUCUUCUGUCGGGGGCCAGCGUGUACCACACAUGUGAGGCUGCUGUUGAUGGGAAGGGCAACCUGCAGGACGUCAGCCUCCGCAGCAGCCCCGAGUCCAGCCCUGAGCUGUCCCGGGCCCUGGCCCAGAACCGGCGCCUGCUGCCCAACUACAAGAACCCCCUGCAUGUCAUUGAUGGGCCAGAGCAACGCUACUUUGUGGGUAUCAUCGACCUCUUCACCGUGUAUAGCCUGCGCAAGAGGCUUGAGCACCUCUGGAAGUGCAUCCGGUACCGGGGACAGACUUUCUCCACUGUCUGCCCAACCCAGUACGCCCGGCGCCUCUGCCAGUGGGUGGAAACGCACACCCUCUGACCCACGGUGGCUUCCCAGCCAGCCCCAUCCACCAACCCCCCUCCUGGCACUGCUCUCUUCCGCCACCAGGGGGCAGGAUCGACACAGCCCCAAGGGAAGUAACCCAGCCAGCACCUGGGAGUGGGUUUGGGCUGGAAAGAAGAGCCCUGGGGAAAGCCUGUCUCAGGCAGGGAGCUCUGCCCUGCAGCAGCAGGCAAGGACGGGGCCCAAUGUAAGUCCCAGAAAUCCAGUAAAUGGGCAACCUGCAAACCA